AUGCACAAAGGAUCAGAGGAAACUGCUCAAAAUGGAAUACUAUCUCAGCAGGAUAGUCGCGCAACAAUUCAAGAUACAUCUGAGCAUGCACAUCACACAUCUCUUGAUCAACAAUAUUCAACACCGUUUCAACAAAUUUCAGAAAUAUUACCCCCACCCUAUGAAACAGAUGUUUAUAAAUCAUCAUCGAAUUCGGUUCAACUCGAACAACCAAAACCAAUAGAUGACGAUAUUCUGCAAAACGCUUCCCUAGGUCGGCCACCCGUCUCUUUCCAUCCUGAUUAUCGGUGGCCACGAUUUUCAACAAAUGCUGUCUGUCCAGUAUGUGGUGCAACUGGUCACACACGCGCCGAGACAGAGAGCACUCUCCUUACCUAUGUGAUUGCCGUUAUUCUCUUCGCACUCUGCUGUUGUCUAUCUAUUAUUCCGUUUUGUUUUCCAUCAUGUAAAAAAACAACUCACUAUUGUUCGAAUUGUAAUGCUGUUCUAAGCGAAGUAGAACCAUUUCAAUAG